ACAAUUCGCUCGAUUUUUUUCCCAAUAAAUUUGCCCGAGUUUUCCUCUUUUGGUUCCCCAGUUUCAGUUUAAGCUCUUAAACCCUCGCCGGGAGAUUUCGCCGCAAGAUUCUCAUUCUCCGCGCCUAUUUGCUUGCCAGUUGUUGAUCUUGGAGAUGGCGGCAGCUCAGCAGGCGCAAGAUUCAGCUGAUCACAUGGAGCCUCUAGAGUCACGCCUUGUGGUUGAGAAAAGUCCUUCUACAAGUGUGAGUGUGAAAAAGCAGAUUCUCUCUAGUGAAGAUCAUAAUUUAUCUAGUACUGCUUUGCACGGCGCAAGUUCCUUAAAAUCAACCAAAAGUGCUCAAGAGAAGGGAAGCUUUUUGGGUAAAGGUGGAGAACAACAUUUCAUCUACCAGCCCAAUGUGUAUACCCCUCAGCCACAUACAGUCUUUUCUGGAGGAUACUUGAACCAUCUGGGUCAAUGGGAAGAAUAUCCGCAUGUUGCCAGUGCAGAUGGAACUGAUGCUGCAUCUCCUGUGAUGUACAGUUCUUAUUCCCCUGUGCCAACCAUGGGAGACAGCCAACCAUAUUACCCUUUGCACUGCCCUCUGUCAAGUCCUUACUAUCAGCCACCUGCUUCUCCUAGCAUGGGAUAUUCAAAUUCUGCAACUGGGAUGUCGCAGUUUGAUCCUAUGCAAGAGUAUUACCUUCCUGAUGGACUUCUGUAUUCACCAACUCCUGGGUUCCACCAGCAUUUCGGUUCCUUCGAUGGAACUCAAAUGCAACAAAGUGUUACUGGAAUUUUUGGACAAGGGAACAUACCAUUGGCUUCUGGAAUGCAUCAGGGGUCCAUGUACAGCUCUGGGUCAUACAAGGCACGGCAGCAAGUCGGUAAUUUUGGAGGUAGCACGCCAAAUUGGAGUGCUGCCAGUCGCAGAUUUAGCCCCUUUGACAGGGGCUUCAAGCAUGAUAAGGGCUCUCUUGAGUUUAUGAAUGAGCAAAACCGUGGUCCACGGGCCACCAAACCCAAGAAAGAAGUGAAUAACUCCUCAACUGAGGACAAAAAUAGGAAAAGUGCAUUAAUAAAUGAUUCUAACUUGUACAACCAACAUGAUUUUGUUAUUGAGUAUGAGGAUGCCAAAUUUUUUGUAAUAAAAUCCUAUACCGAAGAUCAUGUACACAAGAGCAUAAAGUAUGGUGUCUGGGCCAGCACUGCUAGUGGUAACAGAAAGUUGGAUGCUGCUUAUCGUGAAGCAAAAGAGAAAGAAGCCACUUGUCCUAUUUUCUUGUUUUUCUCGGUUAAUGGCAGCGGCCAGUUCUGUGGUGUGGCUGAGAUGAUUGGACCUGUGGACUUCGACAAGAGUGUUGAUUACUGGCAGCAAGACAAGUGGAGCGGCCAGUUUCCUGUCAAAUGGCACAUUAUCAAGGAUGUCCCGAACAGCCUUCUUCGGCACAUCAUUCUCGAGAACAAUGAAAACAAGCCUGUGACCAACAGCAGGGACACACAGGAGGUGAGACUGGACCACGGGCUCCAGAUGCUAACAAUCUUCAAGAACCAUGAGGUCGAGACAACUAUCCUCGAGGAUUUCGACUUCUACGAGCAGCGGGAGAAAGCCAUGCUGGAUAUCAGACAGCGACAGAAGCAGCAGCAUACUGAUUCCGAGGUCCAGAAGCCGAUGGUGGAGGCCAAGGAACCAGUGGAUCUUAUGAACCAAAUCUCAGCCACCUUUGCCCGGGCCGUGCAGCUUGGAGAAACCAAGGGCAGCAGGGAGGACAAACCAAAGGUUGAAGAUGCUUCUGCUGCUGCUGUUGCUGUUCCUGAGAACGAGCCUGUUGCUCUUGCUGAGACUGAAGGAUUGUUAGCAGAUUCAGAGCCAAGCCCUUUGAAGGAAAGUGGUUGAUCUUACCCCUUUCAUGUCUGAUUGCGAGAAGCAGCUGGGCCUUGUGAUGUUCACAUGGAAGCAAGAAGAUCAAAGGAGGUUGAUAUGUGAAAAAAAAAAUGCUGCUUCUUUUGUACUUCACCAUAGGCUGCAUUAUAGGCUGGAGGAGAAGGAUUUGGUUCACCUCCAGUUAGGUUAUGAUGUUAGUCUUAUGUUUCCUUCCCAAUUUCUUCUUUCUGUUCUGUCAUCUGUUCCACAAGCGCCACCAAGAAUGGUGCUCAGUGGUUUAGCCAUAAGGAAAGCUGCAUAUAUAGGCCAGAGCUCUGUACAGUUUGCAGUUAAAUUAUGUUGUUCUCAAUCUUUUCCUGUGAUAUCAUACAAUUCUGUAGCAAAGUUCUCCUGUUGAGAUGACAGUUUUACACUCUUGGUAAUUUCAGCUCCAUCAGUAUCAAUCAACAGAGACAAGGAUAA